AUCUAGUAAUUAUCCUGGUAAAGUUGUUCUUACGUUUCACAAACUUGGAUUUCAGGAAACAAAAGGGGAAGAUGGAAGUCAAUCUAUCAUGUUUACCAGACGUUUUGAUUUUAAAGAUAUUUAGUUAUUUGUCCGUAAAACAAUUAUGCAAAAUAAGCAGGGUAUGUCACUCAUGGAGGCGAAUAGCAUGCGAUAAGACACUUUGGAAAAACAUUGACAUGACACAACUUGUAGGGCUUGACUUGAGAAAAGUAUGGAAAUUUUAUCGAACACGGUUAUCUGAUGUUCUAAGAAGUCUGAAGAUGGUUGGAUACUACAAUGCGAAAUCUGGAAGUGAGAGACAGAAAAAGCAAUUAUUAUCUGACGCUUUACUCGAAGAGAUAAGCUCGGCUUGUCCAAACAUACAGGAGCUCCAGUUGCAUAGAUUUUUCUUGGAUAGAAUGUCCUCCAGUACACUGCCAAAAUCUCUUACCCACCUCAAACUACGAGAAUGCGGCUGGCCUUUAGGAUGGUUGAAUGAUGCAGAUUUACCAAACUUACAGAUUCUUGACCUCGGGAAAACAACACGUAUAGAUGAUUCUGAAAUUGGCAGCGUAUUGAAAUUCACAUCAUUAGAAGAGUUGAACCUUGAGGAAUUAUAUAGAGUUACUGAUACGGGAGUGAAAGUACUUGCUGAAAACUUUACCUCUUUAAAAGUUCUUAAACUUACUUCUGCAAAAGUGGCUGACCUUGGUGUGCAUUUUAUCUGUAGAAACAUGGUCAGUUUGAGGGGCUUAGACCUAAGUUAUACAUUCAUAUCAGAUUCUGCAGUAGAAGACAUAAGCCAGAAUUUAUCGAAUUUGAAAAGCCUUGGACUUGCUGGGACUAAAGUUACAGACAACGGAAUUAAAUGUUUAUGUUUUAGUAAAAAUGCGAAAAAUCUUGAGCAACUAGACAUUUCUGCAACAAGUAUCACAGACAAUGCCCUGACCUAUAUUGGAGACAAGUUGGUCAAUCUUAGAGAUCUUAAUCUAGCCAUUACAAAUGUUUCUUCUGAGGCCAUUGAUAGAAUGUCAUCGCAGUUAGAAAAACUAUCACAUGUCAAUCGAGGAAGAGGGUAUUCCUGAAAAUGAAGCUUUGUCAUCUAAAAAAUAUUUCUUAGUAACUUAGUUAUGUUUCAUUUUGCAAUAUCAUAGUUUUAGCAUGUAUGUAAUGUAUUUAGUGUAGGCAUUAGCAGCUAUAUUGUCCUUAAGAAACUUAUUACACUGAAUGUUGAAAUAAUGAAAUUAAUUCAAACGUAGAUUAUACAAAUGUAUAACACAGGUGUUGAAUGAAUUAAUUUAAACAUAAAAUAGAUGACAUCAUCAAUUUUAAGCAAAAUCAUUUAUGUUUUAUUUAAAGUAUGUUGCUUAAGUAUGUUGUUAGAAGUUAAAAUUUUUAUAGGAUUUAUCUUUUAACUGCACCAAGGUGACAAUUUGCAGAUUUUUAUUUGAUCUUUUAGGAGUUAUUUAAUGUAGACUUGUAUUAAACAAGUCUGUAGAAGCAUCAUAAGGCUAGCCUGUUAAAUAACAUUUGUGUGACUAAUUUAAUAUUAUUCUGUAUGAAAUGAUAAUAAUAUCAAAUCAGAAUUAAAACAAAGAAAAAAAGUAUCAUUGUGGUGCAUCAUUUCUUUUUGGCUUUACCAAAAGACUUUACAUAGCAUUAAUAACCUUGUCAACUUUUUAUAUUGGAACAUAUAAUAAUUAUAUACAGAUGUAACAUUGAACACACAUAUUUGUUAAAUAUUCAUGAAAUUUAUAUUGAUAAAUUGUUAUAUAUUAUAUCAAUGAUUUUUGUUUACACUGUGUGCCUUUUACUGUAAAAGGAAAAUUACAGUAAUUUCAAUGUUAAAUCUAUUCUAAAAUAUAAAUACAAUGGAAAGAAAAAAAUGUAUUUUAUAAUUAAUUUACUGUCAUUUUAUAAUGAAUUUAUACAUAUAUGGUCAAUAUAUAUUUAUAAUUGAUACAAUAUCAUAUUAAAGUUGAAUGCAUGAUAAAAAAUUGAAAUAAUUACAAUGAAAUUUUCUGAUAUUAACUGAUCAUAAAUUAUUUAUGUUGCAAUAUGUCUUAAAAUGUUAACUUUUUGUUUGUUUCUCAGGUAGUAUUUUAUUCAUUUUAUAAUAACAAUUUACAAAUUAUUUUUACGCAAGAAAACUGUACAUAUUGAAUUGUAUUUAAUGUAUUUCUAGAAUAUAUGUAUUUAUAAUUUACAAAGAAAUAUACAAGAGUCACAAAUGA